GUUCCUCUCUGGCUUCAGCUUCGAACUACAUCCCCAAGAUGCCUGUCAGAUGGAUUCUUCACUGGCAACCGAGUCAAGGCACAACGGUGAACAGCCACAUACUGAAUGAAAUUUCACAGUGUGUUGAAAAUUUCAAUGGCGUCAAAGACGGAAGAUGCAAGACUACCAUUACUUUCUACAAACCCAAUUUAAAAGACCAAUCAAUGAGUGCUCAAUUCCCUCGUGAUUUUCUUGGGAUAUCGCUUAUGGAACAACCCAACAAAUAUUACUUGAUCAUUCGUGACAAUAAGCUUGUUGCUGAGGCUGAUUCUUCAAUCUUAACUAUCAUGGAGAAACUUCAGUCCUAUAAAUCUAAGGUUGCACUGAAUUGUGAGGGUUUGCAGUAUAAUCUGGGUGAUUUUCAGAUGAGACUGAUUAAAGUUGUGCCAAAUCAAGCUGAAAGUCUCAGAGGAAUUCUAAUGGAGAUUGAGUAUCUCCCUAUUUCUUCACUUGAAAAUGCCAAGCCAAUUAUGGAAGAGUUCAUAGAAAUAUGGCGAGAAGUGUUGUCCAAGAAAUCAUUACCUGGCCAGUUCAUGCGAGCGGAACCAAUCUUUGCAGAUUACGGGCUCUCUGACAAUUAUAGCUUGCAACACACAGCUGUCCAGUAUGCUGCUGCAUUGCCCCAACUAUUUGCAUCAGUUCAGUUAAGGAGUUAGUUAGGACCAUUGAAGGAAUGUUGUUCCUUAUUCUUUAUUUUUUACUCCUUUUAACUAGACAUAUAAUUUAUUUGAUGCAUGGAGGCUAUGGAAAAGUUACAAGGCAAACAUUAGAACUGGCAUACAUUAUGCUGAAUACAGCGGGGUAUCUUGUUCACUAAUAAUAAGAUAAAGUUACAAUGAAAAAACAUGAAUUUUUACAUGAUAAAAACAGCAG